CUAGGGUUGGCACAUCACUUCUAGAUCUCUGGAGCCGACGUGGGGCGGGUGCGAUAUGAUUGCCAUAAGUGGAUUGUACUUGAAGUGGUCGGAUUGGUUUGAUAGCAGCGCUGACAUUGCCGCCUGGAUCAACGCGAGAUGGAAUUCACCUGGGGAGAUUGAGAGUGAAGCUUGGAUAAACUCAACAAAAUGGGCACAAAACCCCUUCUGUGAGACAGUCAAGAGGUUCCUCCGAUGCCUCGGUUGCCGCUGAUCCAAUCCGUAUUGCUGGCGGGAAAGAGAUAAUUGUUGUGUACAAGUCGUUGAUUGCGAAAGUACCUCUAGGCCGGAUUGGG